AUAAUUAGUUAAUAGUUUCUACCUCCAGCUCAACUCGCCGUGCGACACGUCUCUCUCUUUCAAAACUUCCCAACUCCACACAACUUUUCGUGAAGAAGGGUUAUCAAGACAAUUCCCCUUUUCAUCCGUGAGUACAUGGAAGUAAUUGACAUUUGACCUUUUUAUCUUCCAGUGGCCUACCUAGUAUUAUAUCAAUCUUUCCUUUACAAUUCUCAGGUGGUGCAAUCUGGUCUAUUAAUGUUUCUAUUGGUUCUAUCGCUAAGCUGAUUCUAUUUACCUGAUGAUGGCGACAGAACCGCCGAUGGCAUCUAGAAUGAUGCCUGGCUUGAAUAGUUCAUUAACGCCUGCUGAUCUUAAUGAGAUACGCACUUAUGAACAGAUUGUUAACUUUCGAGAUACAAUUGCAUCAGGAAAGCAUCCCCGUAUCAAAGUGGCUAAGCCCACAGUCCCUCAAAACCAUACUUCUCUCGCGGCAGCACGCGUUGCGCCGUCAUCUACGCAAUCACAGUCACAUCGAAGUAUACCUAACCUCAACACAUACCAGGCAGGCAAUAUGCAGUCGUUUCAAACAAACCUGCAGCAACCAUCUGUCAAUGUAGCUGCAACAGGCUCGACAGCUAUCCCGGGUGUCUCGACCUCGAGACCCUUAGACUUUGGCAAGACAAACAUUAACCCAGUUCUACUUGACAAACCUGAAAACUCCGUUAAGUCACAGCUUCAGAUCAAAAGACAGGCUAUUGAGCAAGAUCUCAAAAAUCAAUUCGACCAGCGAAAGGCCUCUGCAAAAGGCUCUCUGCAAACUCCUGAGCAGAUACUUGACUUAGAUCUCUCUGAUAUUCUUGCCAAGGCAAUGACCCUUACUGCUGUGCCAACAAUGGCCGAGACUCCUAAUAUCUCCGAUACGAGUGACUCGUUCGACAACAAUACCUUUUACUCUAGCCAGCACCAAACGCCCGACUCGCGUGCUUCUCCCCGCAAUCAGAACACUGUCUCUGCACCUCUAUAUCCAUCCCACCAUACACCUGUCUCUUUGGCUCAACAUGCGGCACAUGUGCUGCAGCAGCAACAGUUUGCUCCUCAGCACCUCCAGCAGUCGACAUCGUCGUCCCAGCCAGGCUUACUUCGUGGCGCACAGCCAGUCGGAGCCAUGGGUAGUUCCCUCCAACAAAAGCCAAAUUCUAAUACUCUAAACGCGUCUACACGCGACAAUGCAGUCUAUCCUACCACUGCAAGCCGUGAGGAUGCAAUGGUACAGUCACGUCAAACGCGGGAUGUAGAAGCUCAAGUUAUCAGUUCAGAUAGUACCGCGAGUAGAUCCGACAAAUCUGGUAAUGCAGAUUCGGACCAGCCUGCUGACCACAGCCGUAUUCAGAAUUAUCACCAACUUCUCCCUAGUGCCCACUUUAGUGAACGACAGACGCCUGUUAUCCGCGCACACGAUCUUCUACCUCUCGCACCCCAGCCUGCCCAUGUUUCGCCCUUGGCGGUAGCUCGACGACCACCUAUGCCCGAGCCUGACGUCAGCAUCUUGCCUCACGCACCAGCUCAGGUAACUGCACUAAGACAGGAGCAUAGAGUCGUCACUAGCCCAGAGAGCUCGCCACAAGGGGAUAAAGGAAGCAGGAAGAAAGGCAAGAAGAAGAAUAAGAGAAAGGCUGAAACAAGAUCAGAUGCUCCUGGAUCUCCCUACAUUAAGCCCGAGCCGCGAUCCCCCUCGCCAUUAUCGGCACCUCCGUUCGCACGGCCUCAGAAGCGAUUGCGAUCUACUACUCAACAGGAGCAGGAACUGAUGGUCUACGAUGAACCACAGAUCGAACGACCAAUUUCUAGCCUCAAUCGCGAGCCUUACAAUGUUGCACGCAGACCGACCGAACGACCGCCUUAUGGUUUCGAAAGGGUGGAUGAUCCCUAUGCGAGACAGGGGCGUCAGUCCGUUGCCCCAACAAGCCAAAGACUAGAACGCGCUAUAUAUGAGGAGCGACGACCGGAUGGAACAGCCGUGCAAUACAUCCAGCGUGUCCAAUCCCCUUAUGCCUAUGCUACUCCCUAUGGUGCUGUAGAGCCACGGCCCUUGCGGGCAGCAAGCUAUGCAACAAAUCCUCAGUACCGAGAGGUUCCUUACCAACGUGAGGGACGCAUGAGUGUGCGACCCUACGCUGAUCGUGCCCGAUCGCGAUCCCCGGUCCUCAUCGAGAGGCCGUCUCCUGUCAUGGCACCCCCUGCCCCUCCUCGUAUCAUUGUUGAUCAGUAUGGUCGCGAGUAUAUUGAUCCUCCUCGUGCUAGCACCAUGGCUCGUCAUUCGGUUGUACCAGCUUCGAGGCCAGGUGAGCGUGAUCUUCUCUACGGAAGAGUACCAGCGCGUGCCCCGUCUCGCAUGUCGGGAGAGACGUACGAAGAAGAUGGAGUUAUAUACCGACGUGCAUCGCCCACAUAUGCGCCUCGGCGGGUAAUUACGCAGCCGGAGUACGGACUCGACUAUCGGAGCUAUCGAGAGCGUGAUUACCCCGCGCAACCCAUGGGCGUACCGGGUCAAGAGCUCAUUCCGAUCCGCGGAACAGCAGAAAGGCGUAUGCCUGAAGAGAUUCCAAGAGAGUAUCUUCCUUUAGGUGUAAGCGGUCGGCCUGCGGAAGGCAUGCCGUAUUACAAUCGAAUUCAGAGUGUGCAUCCCGACGUACCUCCUAGGCAAUAUGCUGCCAGUGUACAUCCUGAGGUGAGAAGGGACGCGGUCCCUCCAGUUCGCGAAUUCGGCAUGAUCCCGGCAGAGCGUGAGGAACUAAGACGUGAAUACAGUGCUCGACCGGUAGAGCACUACUAUGAUAGACCGCCACUUGCGGAUGGGGAAGCUAUGUACAUGGAGCGACGUCGGCCAGUUCAGCAAGAUAUUAUCUAUGCUGACAACCCUCAGAGGCCUAUGUACCAGUGAGCAUUAUUCCUAUAAUGGAUAUUCUACGCCUAUGAAUACCGAUAUUAUAGCCGACGAUUGAAGGCCUAAGAGCACAUAGUUUGCCUGCUGAUGUUAUUUGGUUUUGCGGAGGGUGAUGGAGGAUUUGGAGUUUGAGGCAUUGCCGCAAUGGUAAGAGCUAUUCUUGAACUGCAUAUUAGCCUGGCAACAGUAAGGAAUGGGUCUAUGAUGAGAGGUAGCAUGAGCACCUUCACGAUGCGAAGUUCGACAAAGCUAGGUCCCAGCUCCUAGCUCCACGAGCUGUACAUAGAAGCUCUCUAAUUCUAAUUGACCCUGAAAUAUGAAUUCCGAGAA